AUGUAUAGUGACGGAGAUCGCAAAACCCUUUCAGAGUUGCAACGAGUAGCCGCAACACUGCGGAAUAACAUUACUGAAGAAAAUACGCAGUUAGAGCGGACUCGUAAGGCUGUUGCGAGAAUGCAAGACACGAUAGAUCAAAUGUUUAGUGUUUUCGCACGGGAAACAGAAAAGGAGGGUAGAAACGCAUUUAUGAGUGUACUAAACUCCAUCUCAGAAGAUGUUGUUCUCACCGAUGUUCCACUUCUUCCUAUCGUCAUUGCACUAGCUAAUGGUCAUCUGAGUGAUUGUAGACGACUCUACGCUGUACGCAAUCGUUAUGUGGACGAUGGUUCAAUUAUUUUUUUAGCGCAUGUACUGCGAUUUGUGCCGGCGACCACAGAAAUAGAGUUGCUGGAUAUUAGUGAGACGAAAGUGUCGGAAAAGGCUCUCUGUUUUCUUCUUGAGAUGAUGCUGGAGCGAGAGACACGUUUUGUUCUCAUCGCAAAGGACAGGAUACCACUCGAUCUCCCCGUUGCAGAGACGUGCAUGCAGCAAUUUAACAAACUUUUGCAAAAGGUACAGGCGAAAGAGAACUGCACCGUGACACUUUGA